AUGCCGCAGCAAUCUCAGCCUUCGUUGGUUCCAUAUGUUUGUGGAGACUCCUGGAACGGAUUCCUGACCGAGGCUGAGCUGCCUUCUCACCCAAUCCUCAGCGUAUGCAAACUGAGUCUCCGAGCGGGCACCAACGUCCACCAAGGGGAUCAGGCUGCUGACCGUAUGUGGGCUGCGUCCGUGGAUUAUAUUCGGUCCAUCCCAGAUUGCACGGCCUUUUACUGGGCUUUCGUCAAAGAUGAGCCAGAGACGCUCAUUGCCCUUCUCCAAUGGGAGAAUGUCUCCGCAUGGAGGAGUUUUCAAUCCUCAAUCGGAUUCCGAUUGAUGACUGCUAUUCUGAUUCCCGGGUGCUUGAACCGAGCUUUACCCAUUAAACUGCCGGAUCGCGUUACGCCAGGUGACAUUGUUGAGAUGGUCCCUUUUCAGGUCGCGGCCACCGAACCCACGACGGACUUCACUUCAAGCUGGGCCCAAUUUACGGCCAACGCUCAAGAAGCAAACGAUCCUCGGUGGAUAGUCUCUGGUGGAUGGCUAGAACGCGACGGACCCUAUCGUUCCGAUUCGCAAGAACAGAAGGCACUAGCAGACCAGCAGCCGAGCGUGUUUUUAGCACUCCUAUUCUACAAGGAUAGUCCGCUGUCUGCUAGUGCCCUCCCUUCAUCGCUUUAUGAAGGCGCCUCACUUCUAUCGCGGUUUGUUAUAGGCCCAAGCAUAUUAACAACCCCCUUACGCUGCGAGAGGGUAGCACAACCAAUGCCUGAUUUAGCCGCACCCUCGCAGCCUAUCUCCUGCAAUUCUAUGUCGAGACUACUCAAAAUUCAUCCCCCUCGUUUCUAUCGGAGAGACAAUGGGUUUUGGAGAAGCCAGGACAGGACUGUCCUCCACUCAUCGCGAGAUCAAUGGGCCGGCAAGCGUCUUUUCCCCGGUCCACAAGGCAUCUAUUCCGCUAUGGGUAACCUCAAUCAGUAUUUGAUUCCCUAUAACUCGCAUGUGAAACGUCCGACGGUUCACGACGUGUUCCUUUUUCGCCCAAUGAAAAAAGAAAAAUCCCCUAUCCUGGAAGCUUUGGAGCUAGAGAAGUUUUGUGGCGCCUGGACGACGCGUCCAGAUUAUUCACAAUGGUGUAGACAUUUUCUGAAAACUGAUGAUCAGUGGGCGAUUUUUAUCUCAUUCGCCAACUCCGAAAUUCGAGCCCGCCAGCUACCUCAGAUAUUGAACAAUUUGCAGAGUAUCGGGGUCAUCGAUUGCUAUUCUAUGGCUACUUCAGAGGAGUGGAGUUACGGUCUAUGGAGCGUUGGUGGGUUUCAGUUCAUAGAGCUAGUGUCGUUCUAUGUCCGACCUCGCGACGCAGACAAACUUCUAUUUGAGUCUGCAUGUGCUGAUAUCAUAGACUCUAUGACUCCCCAAGGCGUUUUAGGUUCCCCCCCGAAUGCUUCUUUCUCGUAUGGUGGUGGAUGGGACAUUAGCCCGAUGAAGAAAACUGGUACUGAUGUCAUACGAUUCAACACUGUUAUCGCUUGGUCUAGCGCAGAAGGAAUGGAAGAAUGGUAUUCGGACUUUGCCAAUGGUGCAAUGCAGAGUUAUGAGCGGUUGGGUCAUAUUAUCGAUCGACUUCAACUCGUUACAGUUGAUGUGGAGUCUGUCUUGUUUCACACGGCUUUGUAA